GCCAGACCUCAUAGAUUUCAGACAAGUGCGAGCCAACACCCCUAAACAGAACCUGGACCUUGCAUUUAACACUGCAGAGAAAGAAUUUGGUGUCACUAAACUACUAGAUGCAGAAGAUGUUGAUGUUGCCCUCCCAGAUGAGAAAUCCUUGAUGACGUAUGUAUCCGCGCUCUAUGACGUAUUCCCAGAAGUCCCCAGUCUGGAUCAGUCAUUGCGAGAUAAUGAGCGUCAGCUAAAAUAUGAAGAAUACAAAGACCUUGCGUCAUCAUUGUUACUAUGGUUACGAGACUCUACCGGCAUGAUGUUAGAUCGCAGAUUCCCUGCUACACUCAUUGAGAUGAAAUCCCUAUUGGCUGAUCUAAGUCGGUUUAGGAUGGAGGACGUCCCCCCUCGAUUCACAGACCGACAGAGACUUGGACAGGCAUGGGAGGAGCUACAGAAUUUGGUACUAAACUCAGGUCUCUAUGAGAUAGAGCGUGACGAGGAGAUCCACAUUGACAAUGUUGCCAGGUUAUGGGAUAAGUUCACACUGGCACUUCAAGAGAGAGAUAUGGCUCUACAAGCUGAAAUUGCAAGGUUGGACAGGCUACAGAGGCUGGCAGAAAAGGUCCACAAAGAUAGUAACAUCUGUGAAGAUACACUUAAUGAUGUAGAGAGAAAGAUAAACGAUGAUGAGAAGCACAUAGACAAGAUCCACCCCCUUGAUGCCAAGAGGAGUUGUGACCAGCUGCAACAGGCACUCAGAAAAACUGAGGAGUCACUACGUUCAAUGUUUGCUGACAUACAGUCACUCAAAGAAGGCAAAUAUCACCAAGCAGAUCAGAUGUACAGACGUGUGUACCUACUACAUCAACGCUACACAAAUCUGCACCACAGAUUACAAGAGGGACUCAUUCCUAAGUUAACCUCCAGGAGUUAUAUACAAGAAAGUGUACAAACUACAAAAACUACUGAAGAGCUAAUGGAAGUGAGGCUGGUGGAAACUAAUGAAGCUUUCAGACAUGUGCAAGAAUGUCUUAACUACAUUCAUGAUAAACAGAGUGCCAUAGAAGCAGGUGAAUAUGGAAAUGACCUGCCAAGUAGUAAGGAUGGACUUGAUGCCCACAAGUUACUACACAAUGAGAUACAGAGGUACAGGACCAGAAUAGACCACUCUAUCGGCCUCAAAAAAACAUUGCGAGGUGAUGAGGCUAAACUGUAUGAAACAUGGCUGUCCAAGGUUGAAGUUGCCUACAAUGUGCUACAAACCACCUCAACGAGAAGACUUAAAUGCUUAGAAACACUGCUGGACUAUAUCCAAGCAUCAACUAAUGAACUUAUGUGGUUAAAUGAAAAAGAAGAAAUUGAAAUAGCUAGAGAUUGGAGUUCAAAAGAUCUGAAAUUAAAUGAAAUUGAAAAUUACCACAAGAGUUUGAUGGUGCAAUUAGAGAAGAGGGAAGCACAGUUUAAUGCUGUUCAGGAUCGUGGUGCUGCACUUAGGUUAGAAAGACAUCCUGCAGCUGAAACCAUAGAGGCUUACAUGGCUGCCAUGCAGACUCAGUGGUCCUGGCUGCUUCAGUUGACACUCUGCUUGGAGACACACCUGAAGCAUGCUGCCACCUAUCAUGCAUUCUAUGAUGAGGCUGCAGACUCUGAGGCCUGGAUGAACAAACAAACAGAAUUGCUCAAUACUUACUAUGAUAGACAAGAACCAAGUCUGGAUGAUGCUGAUAAACUCAUGAGGGAGAUCAGAGAGCUAGGCGAGUUAUUAGGUGAAUACCAACACAUCACUGACUCGUUAGUCCCCCGUAGCACUCAGGUUGUACCUCUGAAGGCACGCAGACACCCACUACCUGGACCCACUAGGGUGAAGGCACUCUGCAACUACAAACAGCUUAAGAUGGGCAUAGAGAAAGAUGAAGAAUGUGUUCUGUAUGAUAACACUCAAAAGCUUAAAUGGCGAGAGGCUAUAGAUUAUGCACAGAGGCUACAGAGACAGUUACAGCAGAUACAAGGCAUCUGGAAAUUGAAAGAGAGAAAAUUAAAGCUAAAUUUCAUCUAUGCCACAAUUAAGGAAGUGAAAGGGUGGGAUCUACAAAAAUUCCAAAGUUUAGAUCCUGCAAAGCGCCAGGCUAUAUUCCGAGCCCUCAAUGAAGAUCUCGACAGUUUUUCGCAAGAUUCUGGACUCAGUGCAUCUGAACUCCGACGUCUGCAGUCGGAGAUGAGACACUGUAAUGAGAUAUUUGUUGAACUUUCUACUAAAGCAAAACAAGAAGAAGCUCAAAUGAAGGGUCCAGCCCAAGUCCUCGGGGAACAACUGGAUACCUUACGAAGAACUCUUGACUUUGUUGAUUCAACUCUUGCUGCAAGACUUGCUGAUGGUCUGCCUAGGGACCAGCCAACACUGGAUAAGCUCACAAAACACACAGAGUAA